GACAGUGACGGACACACAACCUGUUGACGUGCAACAAGUGUGAGCUGGAGCUCAGGGCAGGACCCCAGCCCAUCUGCAUCUCCACAUCACAGGCUGCAACACAGUAAAGGCACCAUCUGCCCACUGGGGACCACUGGGGACCACUGGAGGCCGGACAGCUUCAUAUUUCAUAUUUUAAGUGUUUUUGCUGCAAAGAAAACUCAAAGGAACUUUUUGUGUGUUGAUCCUGGACAUCGAACGUUGACAAUUUACAAACUCCAGAGAAGAGGACUAAUAGUUCUGCAACACAAUCUUCAUUCACCAUCACUCCAGGAGACAUUUUUUAAUUAAAAAAAUGAUGGAGGAUCACCUGAUAAAGAUCCCCAUGAUGUCAUCCUCAUCCCCCAGCGAGUCUUCUGGGAGCGGCGGGACAGACGACAGCAGAGGAGCCAAGAGUCCGUCCCCGGGCAAAGCCCUGAGCCCGGCGCUGGUCUGCAAAGUGUGCGGCGACACCAGCAGCGGGAAACACUACGGCAUCUACGCCUGCAACGGCUGCAGCGGGUUCUUCAAACGCAGCGUGAGGAGGAGGCUCAUUUACAGGUGCCAGGCCGGUACAGGCAUGUGUCCAGUGGACAAAGCUCAUCGCAACCAGUGCCAGGCGUGUCGGCUGAAGAAGUGCCUGCAGGCGGGCAUGAAUAAAGACGCAGUACAGAACGAGCGGCAGCCCCGCAGCACAGCUCAGGUCCGCCUGGACUCCAUCGACGUGGACCCUGAGAAGGAGCACCUGGCCACCACACGGGAGCCCACCUCCUCAUCCUCUUCCUCCUCCUCUUCCUCCUCCUCUGUCAUCACGUGGCCCCACAUCACCUCCUCCAUGGCCAUCACCUCCUCUGUGGCCCCCCAGAGCUGCAUCAGUCCCCAGAACAACCACCGCUUCAUGGCCAGCCUCAUGACGGCCGAGACCUGCGCCAAGCUGGAGCCCGAGGACGUUGACGAGAACAUCGACGUGACGAGCAACGAGCCGGAGCGAACGUCCUCGGAGUACCACAUGGCGCUGUACCCUUCCAGCUCCGAGAACGUGUACGAGACUUCGGCGAGGCUGCUCUUCAUGUCGGUGAAGUGGGCCAAGAACCUGCCGGUGUUUUCCAACCUGCCCUUCAGAGACCAGGUGAUCCUGCUGGAGGAGGCGUGGAGCGAGCUCUUCCUGCUCUGUGCCAUCCAGUGGUCUCUGCCUCUGGACAGCUGCCCGCUGCUCUCUCUGCCGGACCUCUGCCCCGGCAUGCAGGGAAAGACCAGCUACACCAGCCUGGACCUGCGCCUCCUGCAGGAGGUCUUCAGCCGCUUCAAGGCCCUCGCCGUCGACCCCACCGAGUUCGCCUGCCUCAAGGCCAUCGUGCUCUUCAAGCCAGAGACUCGAGGUUUGAAAGAUCCAGAACAAGUGGAGAACCUGCAGGAUCAGUCUCAAGUGAUGCUGGGACAACACAUCCGCUCCCAUUACCCCAGUCAACCAGCCAGGUUUGGAAAGCUGCUUCUUCUUCUUCCCUCUCUACGUUUUGUGAACUCGGAGCGGAUUGAGCUGCUGUUCUUCCACAGGACCAUCGGGAACACUCCCAUGGAGAAGCUGCUGUGUGACAUGUUUAAAAACUAAAACCAUCACCCACAAACCCGUCCAGUCAUCAAUAAUCUCCCUGUGUGGAGAGGAGUGAUAUUUGACGGAUAUUAGCUUUGUACUCCUGUAUGCAUAUCAGAGAUUCUGCGUGCUGUUGAUAUUUUUUUAAAGGCCACUUUAUUAUUUGUUUGUUGUUUCCACAUCAGUUCUUCUCAUCAUGCUUGCUGUCUAUUUGUAUCAUAUUUAGAUUUGGAUUUGAGUCAUUUCGUCCUCUAGUGUUUAUUGUUUUUUUUCCUGACAUUUACGAUGCAGAUCUUUAUGUGUCUGGUGAUAGAUGGACUGUACAUCCCUGCUGUCAUUAAUGUGACUGUUAUAUUCACGUUUUCAUGCCUUGAUAAAGUCAAAAAUGCUUGAAAAUGGG